ACGUUGUCUCAUAGCUUAACGUCACUCUCAACGACUUUUCCCGGUACCUUGACUACCGUAAUGAGGUAUGCUCAAUGUGGCGGAGGGCCGGAGUAAGUUGCCUUGAUACCAUCGCACUUGGCUACGGUAGCUAUUGGGCUUGCUUUGCCUUAAUCCUCUAUACUUCGGCCAAUUUGGGCCGAAGACCGGGGGGCCGUUAUGUAACUAGGGUAGCCAUGUACAGCAGACAGGCUCGUUUGCGCAACCCUUUUUUUAUCGAACCAGUGAGAAUUAUCCCAAUUUCCCAAGGACGCGGUUCAUGGCGCGCUUCGUCGAACGCCAUCACACCUCGGCCAUGGGGGCAACCCGGUUGUGGUUGGGUACUUGUUAUUGCGGUGGGUGGACAAUGUUUCCCAUUUGUCGGCCCGCCCUUCUCUGAUUUCUACGUGAAUAAAGGGGCGGUGUCGCUAACAGAUACCUGCGCCUACACACACUCCCACUCUUUGCCUCCUAGUGUUGAUAUGCGCACAUCUCCAUCUUCGCCUUUUAUUCCUAGCAUCUACAGAAGAUCAUGGGAACAUCAGAUAUUCUAGCAAUAGCAUCAUGUCCAUCUGACUUAGUCUUUGUCAGCAUAAACCUGGAAUCUCGCGUCUUCACACUGCUAUCUUGAUUCAUCGGCGUUAACUAUUUCCUCUAUCUCCGUGGGGGCCAAGACCGGACCAGAUACAGAUACGUACGAGCCGGCAUCCAUGAUCAUGCCAUUGUAGAUGGCCCUAGACACGUAAUGCGGUGCUAGCACUAGCUAUGUACCUAGUAAAGGCGGGAAGGGUAUGUGCACACAAUUAAGGUAACCGG